GUUCUUGCAGGUAUCUCUAUGAGUUAUGAAUCCAAAGUAUAUUCUGAGUAGUUUUUUGAAUUGAAAGAAAAUAUAUCCAAUUCGUCGACAUCUCUUGAUUAUUGUUGAAAUCUGGUUACUGCUUUUUUCUACUCUCUGUUUAUCUCAGUUUCUUAUCAUCUCUCUGUAUAUUGCAUGCAAAAUGGCUGGACAAAUUGGUGCCACUCAAUCUGCAGAUUCUUUUGAGUUUGAGCUUUUUGAAGGUGAUCCUGAUCACCUCAGAACUGUUGUAGCAACAUUGAAUCAGAUUAGCCCAUGGAUUGAUCCUGCUGCUUUAAAACUUAAACACAGGAUUGGGCGGGGGCCAUUUGGUGAUGUUUGGUUGGCUACUCACCAUCAUUCAAAUAAUGGUUAUGAAAGAUUUCAUGAAGUGGCUGUCAAGAUGUUACAUCCGAUCAAUGAGGAUCACAUGCAGGCCUUCUUUGAUAAGUUUGAACACUUAUUCUCCAGGUGCCAAGGAUUACAGGGUGUCUGUUGGCUGCAUGGUAUCUCAGUGAUAAGUGGAAAAAUAUGCAUUGUUAUGAAGUUCUACGAGGGAACAGUGGGAGAUAAAAUGGCUCGUCUUAAAGGAAGCAAGCUGCCAUUGCCUGAUGUUUUGAGGUACGGGAUUGACUUGGCUCAGGGAAUUCUAGAACUGCAUUCUAAAGGGAUACUGAUUUUAAAUCUUAAGCCUUUUAACUUCCUUCUUAACGAGAACAACCAAGCAAUCCUGGGUGAUUUUGGGAUUCCAUAUCUACUGCUUGGGAUUCCAUUGCCCAGUUCAGAUAUGGCUCUGAGACAUGGAACCCCCAACUACAUGGCUCCAGAACAGUGGCAACCAGAAGUAAGAGGUCCAUUAUCCAUUGAGACUGAUUCAUGGGGAUUCGGGUGCAGUAUUGUGGAGAUGUUGACUGGAGCUCAACCCUGGUGUGGGAGAUCGGUUGAGGAAAUUUACAACUUAGUUGUGAGCAAGCAAGAGAAGCCGCAGAUUCCAAAUGGCUUGCCUCCUGCAGUUGUGAAUGUAAUCAAUGGUUGUUUUGAGUAUGACUUCCGGAAUCGUCCUUUAAUGGCAGACAUCUUACAUGCAUUUAAAAGCUCUCAGAAUGCAGUUUAUGGUGAUGAUGGUUGGACAGGCCUGGGGAACUGGACACUGCAAGAGAAAUCGAGUGGCAGUGGUUACACUGAGUGGUUCCUCUUGAAGGAUCAUCUCCAAGUGGGUGACACAGUGCGUUCCAGAAAACCUGAAAACGUGUUUAUCCCGGAGGGAAUGGUAGUUGGUUUGGAGGAUACUGACAGAAAUGAGUUUGUUCUGGUGAGGGUCCACAGUAUUCAUAAUCCUUUAAGAGUUCAUACAUCAACACUGGAGCGGGUUACAUCUGGCUUGGCAGCAGGGGACUGGGUUAGGGUGAAGGAAGAUGACAAGAAACACUCGGCUGUUGGUAUUCUCCAUUCAAUCCAGCGUGAUGGCACUGUAGGUGUUGGUUUUAUAGGACUAGAGACUCUAUGGAAGGGGAGUGCUUCAGACCUCCAGAAAGCAGAACCCUAUCGUGUGGGCCAAUUUGUGAGGCUGAAAGCAAAUGUGUUUAGCCCUCGUUUUGAAUGGCCCCGUAAAAGGGGAGGUGCAUGGGCUACAGGAAGGAUCUUGCAGGUCCUACCAAAUGGGUGCCUUGUAGUUGGGUUCCCUGGAAGAUUUGUGUUUGGAGAUGCAUGCAACAGCUUCUUGGCAGACCCAGCUGAAGUUGAAAUGGUGUCUUUCACUACAUGUCCUGGGGUAGCAAAGAAAUACCAACACCUUGAAGAUUUUCACUGGACUGUUCGGCCACUUGUAAUUUCAUUAGGUCUGUUUACUGCCAUGAAACUAGGCUUCUUUGUAGGCAAAAAUGUGAGGAGAUCAAGGGAGAAGAAAGGACGGGUUAGUUCAAUUCAAGGUGGGGAAGGUCAACAUCAGGAUGGCCAGAGUGGUGGCAACCCAGCAUGGCUUCCUCCUCCAGUGGCAAACAUGCUUUUCAGGGAAGGGGCUCCGACAACUACUGUCAGGUAGUUACUCAAGCUUCACUUUUUCAGGCGUGUCCGAAUUCUCCAAGACUAUUAUAGAACUGGUACAGUAAAUAUUUACUUCAUCUUCUUUGUAAAUGUGGUAGACCAAUUUACUCAACUUCUUUGUAAAUGUGGUGAAAAUCAGAACUAUUAGAAAGAUACCUACCUCUAGGGUAUGAAUAUGGGUUCUGUCCAUAAUGGUCAUUGAUGUCAUUAUAUAUAUUUGCUAGCUGUAUAUAUGCUUAUUUGGCCUUUAUCUAA